GGGGCGGGCUCUGUGCUGCUACAUGUGCUCUCUCUCUCUCGAUUAGGGGCAGGGAAGCAGGCAAUGACAGGCGCCUUUUCGUGUUUCUCGGACUUGAAUACCCUCCGGGAUCGCAAUAAGGGAUGGGAAGGGGCGCCACCACGUUCUGGCAUACCAUCAAGUCACCGACAUCCAUCUUCCAACAUUGUGUGA